AAAAAGUACUGCUGAAUGUCUCAGAUAUAGGUAAUGGGUCUUCGCCAGACAGACCAUAAAAAUAGAACCUUAUGAGCCACACUAGUAGUGUGCUCUGUGUGGGUUUCUUUCUUUCUUUUUUUCAAUGGCUCUGGCAGCAAACCAUACACUGGGAUCUGACGUUGUAGGUUUUUUUUUUUUUUUUUCCUAAAGCAUAUUUAAACUCUCACACACUUAUGUAAUGAGGAUUUUUCUGCAGAAUAACAUUGGGUCUUAUUAAGAAUUGUCUGUCAAAUGUUGGAGCAUUUGAUUGAAAAAUCCUUCUUAGCCUUUUUAAAGCUUGCGCUCGAAUGAUUAGAGGAAUUGAUCCUUUCUGAGACUCAUCAGUUCAUUUCCUGUAAAAUUCAUGUCUUACUGUUUAUUCACGAACAAGAACCACACCUCGUAGAAACUACUUUAAUCAUAUCUUGGAGUGUGAAACAUUAAUUCAUCCCCUGAACAAGAAAAAUGGGCUGUGAUCGAAACUGUGGGCUCAUCGCUGGGGCUGUCAUUGGUGCAGUUCUGGCUGUGUUUGGAGGUAUCCUAAUGCCAGUUGGAGACAUGCUUAUUGAGAAGACAAUUAAAAAGGAAGUUGUCCUUGAAGAAGGUACAAUUGCUUUUAAAAAUUGGGUUAAAACAGGCACGGAAGUUUACAGACAGUUUUGGAUCUAUGAGGUGCAAAAUCCACAGGAAGUGAUGGUGAACAGCAGCAACAUUAAAGUGAAGCAAAGAGGUCCUUACACGUACAGAGUUCGUUAUCUAGCCAAGGAAAACAUAACCCAGGACCCUGAAGACCACACAGUCUCUUUUGUGCAGCCCAAUGGUGCCAUCUUUGAACCUUCACUAUCAGUUGGAACAGAGAAUGACACUUUCACAGUUCUCAACCUGGCUGUAGCUGCUUCAGCCCAUCUCUAUCCAAAUGCAUUUGUUCAGGCGGUACUCAAUUCACUUAUCAAAAAGUCAAAAUCUUCUAUGUUCCAAACCAGAACUUUGAAAGAACUGUUAUGGGGCUAUAAGGAUCCAUUUUUGACUUUGGUUCCAUACCCUGUUCCUACCACAGUUGGUGUGUUUUAUCCUUACAACAACACUGUAGAUGGAGUUUAUAAAGUUUUCAAUGGAAAAGAUAACAUAAGCAAAGUUGCCAUAAUUGACACUUACAAAGGUAAAAGGAAUCUCUCCUAUUGGCCAAGUUAUUGUGACAUGAUUAAUGGUACAGAUGCAGCCUCAUUUCCACCUUUUGUUGAGAAGACCCGGGUAUUGCAAUUCUUUUCCUCGGACAUUUGCAGGUCAAUCUAUGCUGUAUUUGAAUCCGACAUUAAUCUGAAAGGAAUCCCUGUGUAUAGAUUUGUUCUUCCAUCCAAGGCCUUUGCAUCUCCUGUUCAAAACCCAGACAACCAUUGCUUCUGCACAGAAAAAGUUAUCUCAAAAAAUUGUACAUCCUAUGGUGUGCUAGACAUCAGCAAAUGCAAAGACGGAAAACCUGUGUACAUUUCACUUCCCCAUUUUCUACAUGCAAGUCCUGAUGUUUCAGAACCUAUUGAAGGCUUACAUCCAAAUGAAGAAGAACAUAGGACGUACUUGGAUAUUGAACCUAUAACUGGAUUCACUUUACGAUUUGCCAAACGGCUGCAGGUCAACAUGUUGGUCAAGCCAGCAAGAAAAAUUGAAGCACUAAAGAGUCUGAAGAGGAACUAUCUUGUGCCUAUUCUGUGGCUUAAUGAGACUGGGACCAUUGGUGAUGAGAAGGCGGAAAUGUUCAGAAAACAAGUGACUGGAAAAAUAAACCUCCUUGGCCUUGUAGAAAUGAUAUUACUCAGUGUUGGUGUGGUGAUGUUUGUUGCUUUUAUGAUUUCAUAUUGUGCAUGCAGAUCAAAAACAGUGAAAUAGGCAACAAAUGAGUCUUUAUACAUAUGUACCAGCUACGUCGGGACCUUUGGUGAUACCAAUGCACAAAAUGAAGAUUUAAUGUGCUUCAAUUUUACAAAUCACACCUUCUCUUUUAGUUGAAGAAAUGGUGGCACUAUUUUUUGUUUUUGCUCUAAGCAGCACAUUUCAAAAGGAUUAGCAAGAGAUCAUUAAAAUUUAUACUUUGACUAAAACCCAGAAACUUUUAAACUGCAUCAUUUCUACAACUGAAUUGAUUUCAGUUUCUGCAGACUUGCUCAAGCAUGAACCAAUUUUUUUUUUUUUUGGUUCCAAAUCACUAAUCGGUUCCAUGAUGGCAAAUCUAGCAGAGGAGUAGAUGUUCUAAACAAAUUGUAAGCUCCACACGCCUGUCUUCCUCAGCAGGGGGAAAGCAUCAUCGCCCUAGUAGUCCCCUGUUCAGUUGCAACAGUCCGUCCCCAGGACUGUCAGUACAGUGCACUUUAUGAGCACCAAAUACUUUGAAGGACAAUUUAAGAAUGAAAAAUGAUUGCUUUGUAACCAUUUAUUAUAUCGAAGGACAAUUUAAGAAUGAAAAAUGAUUGUUUUGUAACCAUUUAUUAUAUCGUAAGUUUCUUUCUCUAUGGAAUACUUUGCACAGCAACAGCAGGCAUCAUAACCAUUUUCUUUAUAAAAAUAUGGGCUUAUAUUUUGUCAUUGAUCAUGCAAAUGGACAUCAUUUUUAGCACACUUUAUCCUUUAAAGACUGUCAUUUUCCACAUUCUGCAGCUCUUCUGGAAAUCUGAGUAGAUUUUGAUGUCUCUACUCAGUUGCAAUUUAUGCUUGGCAACCUCAGAAUGCUGUUCUAGCAUUAAGAGAUGUAAAUGAUAAUAAAGGAAUUAUUGUGUGAACCAU